AUGCUGGAUAAGUUAGAAGAUGAUCAAUAUGCAUAUCGGCGGAAGAUAAAUCCUUACUACCCUUUCCCUGAUGAAGGCGAGUGGGAAUUAGGGAGGUUUUUGGCGGAAAACCUUACUCAAACCCAAAUAACGAAGUUCUUGAAGUUAAGAUGGUUCGACACUCCGGAUCGCGCAAAACCAUCUUUCACCACAAAAGAUAACCUCCUGGACUGGAUGGACUCACUGCCUUCUUUUACCCCGUGGAAAGUCUCCAAAUUAGAAUUUAAAGGCUAUAAGACUGUCCGUCCCGUGGAGCUCGUUUGGCGCGAUGCGCUGGAGGUUGUCAAGCAACUAUUUAGUGACCCAACUUUUGCGAACAACAUGACCUUUCACCCUCACGUCGCUAACGUCAACAAUCAGCGUGAAUACGGAGACUACAUGAGUGCCGAUAUGGCAUGGAAGAUUCAGGACCAUCUCCCAUUGGGUGCGACUCAAGUCCCGAUAAUCUUGGGAUCCAAUAAAACUCCCGUAACACGACUUGCCGGAGGAAUUGAGAUGCACCCGGUUUUUGUUACCAUCGGUAACAUUGAUUCUGAGGUUCGUUCCAAAGCAACUUUACGAGCUUGGCGCUGCGUAGCCUAUAUUUCCGUCGUCAAGUUCCGUGUUCAUCCAGACUACCAGUCUAUUCUCCAAGCCAGACUAUGGCAUAAAUGUAUGGACCUUGUUUGCGCUAACCUCAAGGCUGCAGCGAAGGAUGGUUGCUUUAUGCCCGAUCCUUCCCGCAACAUUCGUCAUGUGUUUACACCGCUCGUCGGUCAUGUCGAUCCCUGGGAUCUCGACAAGUUCCAGAAAGCGGCCAAAGCCAUUAAUCUGUCCGGUGUUCAUAUGCCAUACUGGCGCGAUUGGAUGUUUGCAUGUCCAUCCGUUUUUCUCGCCGGCGAAGAAGCUAUGGGAGAUUACGAGCUCGACACUCGCUUCAUGGUCCAGCACAAGCGAGUCGGAACGCACCACUUUACAAAAGGUAUCACACAUCAUAGAGACAUCCAACGCACUAUCGUUGCGUCGAUCGCAGGGGCUGUUCCACCCAGAUUCAUUCGUGCAAUCCGUGCCCUCAAUCCAGUUCACUCGCCUCAAUCACUUGAGCUAAUGGUUCAGGCGCUUUCAGAUUUCCACUCUUUCAAGGACGCUAUCAUCCAGGCCGAGGCAAGGAGGGGGAAGAAUGGUAGCAAAGAAGAUUUUUUCGUCCCCAAACUCGAGCUUCUGCAGAGCUUCGAUGGUACGAUUAAGAAAUUGGGCACUUUGAUGCAGUUCUCCACUGACAUGACAGAGCAGUUGCUCAUCACACACUGCAAGGACCUUUUCCCGUGGACGUCCCGGCAAAUCAAAGAUUUUACGGAGCAGUGCAUGCGGAUUCUUAACUGCCAAGAGUCUAUGGAAAUGUUUGGCCUGUACACGCUGUUGACUUCUCGCGGGGCGUCACUGGCUAAUGCAAUACACGACGAAGAUGAGGAUGUUACAACUACCAAUCCUGCACUCUCCUGUGUUUCCCGAGUUCUCCCUGACGAAGUCAAGUCAAUCCAUGGUCCCCGACCAGUCCGUAAUCACUUUCUCAAAGGUAUUCUCUCUGGAGAUGCACUUACCACUUUUCAACUCAAUGUCGCGCCUGAUUACAAAUCGCUGUCACCGUCUGACAUAUGCACAAAAUAUGCACUCUUCGACUUCGAUCUUGCGCUCACCAACUUUAUCUGUUGUUCCUCCCUUUCCGGCGGUGAACAUUCCCAUUGGGACCCCAGAUACGGGCGCUUCCAGGCAUGGCACAAGUUUCGAUUGCAGCUUCACUCAGCCUUCCAGCCCCGAGUGAUCAUGCCAAGUCGAGUGGUGCAAGCAUACCCACCAAGUGAUGAUUUUCCCUUGGGAAAUUACAAUACUGUUCUCAUUGACACCAUGGGCGUUAAUGGCAAAAUGACGAGUUACAUCGGACAGGUUCGACUCAUUUUUCAACCAAUAGUUCGACAAGGUUCCAACUUGGAACUGCCAUCCUAUCUCUCCGACCCACUCCUCUACGUCCAAUUUUUCCGCUUCACUUCCGGCCCUGAUGAUCAUCCUGAACUCGCUAUGUGGAGUGUGGAGCGCGCGUACACACAGGAUGAAAAUGGUAACUGCCAUAGGGAGGGGGCUGUCGUACGAGUGACAGACGUGACACAUGUAGUUGAACUGAUCCCAGUUUAUGGCGAGGCAGUGGCCAAAGGCGUGUCCUCUGCGACUUGCUUGGAAAGCUACAAGUGUUUCUUUCUGAAUAACUUCGCGGACAAGGAGAGUUACCAUACAUUCAGUACUGAGUUUGUAUAG